AAAAUGAGAUGAAAAAAUUGCUCGCUUACUUAGUGAAAAGCAUGGAAAAAAGUUUGAAAAACAGGAAAAGAAUUCUGACUUUGUCUUUUUGAAAAUGGAUUUAAAUUCAAUAAGAAGAAUUCAAGAGGAGCUUACUGACGAUGUAAAAACCAUAAAACAUACAUUGCAAGAAAUAAUGGAGAAUAUGAACGAAAUUAAAAAGACUAGCGAUAAAACAUUCAAAGUUUCUCAAACAACUGAAUUUGACGAAAAUACUACAAAUAUCAAAACAAAGAACAACAACGGCAAUUAUAACAAGGAAAUCAACAAUAAUAUUCAUAUUAACAAAAGGGAAGAAACAAAAGAUGCAUCAAACUUAUCACAAAAGAGACUGAAGCAAAAGCGUCAGAAAUCAUCUGAAAGUGAUUCCUCGGAUCAAUCUGAUUUAUCAAAAAAUGAAUCAACAAAAAAUGAAGAAAAAGACAAGUCUUCUUUUUUUAAGUCAGGAACGAAAACGAAUGAAAAAAGUCACAGUCGAAGAAAAAAAAGCUUAUUUAAUGAAAAACGGGAAGAUGGAAAUCAUUCAAAAUUCACAAAUCAUGCUCCAGAUGGUCAAAAUGAGGCGUUUGAGAGAGUGGAGCCAAAUGAUCCAAACAGCUCUUAUUUAUCUACAUGGAACAGCUAUAUGCCUUGGCUAAAUCAAACGGCUCCAUCAAACAAUCAGCAGGGAAUGAAUGUUUAUAAUCAGGAUUAUCAGGAAACAAAUCGUCGAGACUGCACGCCUUCGGAUAGAAAUCAUGAAAAUGUGUACAUCUACUUACCACAAAAUCCUUCAAUGCACCUUAAUGUUCCUUAUAAAUCUCAGACAGAAACGAACCAUCGGCAUAGUAUACCUUCGGAUAUAAUCCAUGAAAAUGUGAACGUCUAUUCAACCCAAAAUUCUCCCACGAGCCCAAAUGUUCCUUUUAAAUCUCAUGUUUAUCAAGGGAGAAAGCGUCGGCAUAGUGCGCCAUCGAAUGGUAAUCAUGAAAAUGUUAGUAUCUAUCCUACACAAAAUCUUCUAAUGAACCCAAAUUUUCUUCAUACAAUUCAUGCUCAUCAAGAAAGAAAUAGUUGGCUUAAAACGACAUCUGAUAGAAAUCGUGAAAAUGUGAACGUUUACUCAUCACAAAAUCCUCCAAUGAGCUCCAAUGUUCCUCUUACAUCCCCUUUUCUCCCAGCAAAUAUGAACGUCCAGCAGAAAUCACAGCUGUACAAAGAAAAUCACCAUGAUAUUUGGUAUCCAUCAGUGCUAGAACAGCAAGGAAGAUAUGAAAAUGAAACACAAAAUCAUGCCAUACCAGAAAUUCGUUCAUCAUCAAACGUUAGCCAUUACAAUGUUAAAAUUUUAGAUCAAAAUUUAACGGGAAAUGAGAACUAUGGAUUUCAAUCUGAUCACUUUCCCUAUGAAGAUGCAAAAAUGCUCCAAGGAAAAUCAUUGCUUGACAAUAACGGUAAUAAUGUUACAAGAAACAUGGCACCCACCGAGCAAAACGUAUCACCCGGACGUAAUCCAUAUUUUAACACAAUGUAUCAACUGCAAGAAAAUGAAAGAGUAAACAGUUUAGAAUCAGAGAAAACUCACAAUGACGACCAAGAGAGAGAUCUGUCUUACUUAAAUGUAUCAAAAGCUUCUCGUAAAAAUAACCAAGAGUAUAAAGGUUUUAAUCAAGCGUAUUUCAACAAAGAAAAGUCAACAAAAAGCGUGCAAAUAAACCCAAAUCGUCCGUGGACGGUUGAAAAAAUCAACGAACAAUCUGGAACUAUCACAGUUUCAAUUCCAACUUCAGCUAUGAAAAAUAAAAAUUAUUACCACGAGAGAGAUGUCACUGACUCAAAUUUACCAAAAAUUUUAUUUGAAAACAGUCAAAAGUACAGUGAUAUAAAUCAAUUGGAUUUCAACAAAAAAAGAUCAAUAAAAAACGUAAAAAUAAACCCAAAUGAUCCAUGGACCUUGGAAAAAAUUGACGAACAAGCCGGAACUAUUACAGUUGCAAUUCCAACUUCAGCUAUGACAGACAAAGAUAAGCAACUUCUUAAAAAAUCACAAAAUGAAAAUCACCCAGUAACACAAAAGUUUGAUUCACAGAGUUCUUUAACUGAUAAGAAAGAAUCCAAUCUAAAAAAUAGUUCCGAGUUUCUAUCACUGACAGAUGGUCGUGCAUGGUAUACUAGAUUUCGUUCAAAUACUCCAAUGGCUGCAGAAAUACUGGAAAAAGUAAUGUUCUUUGAAGAGAAAAUUUAUGAACGUCAAAACAUACAUUCUCCAAAUGUUCAGUCAAGUGAAUCAUUGUCAAGAGAAUCAUCUAUGGGAGCAACAGACUCAGAACGAUCGUCUACAUCAAAUGAUUUUAUUGCAUUAUUGCCAUCGAACAAUAAGGAAAAGCUCCAACAUAAGUAUAUCUGAGAGACUUACAGAGAAUGAAGCAAAAACUAAAGCAAAAGAUGAGAAAAGAGUGGCAGAAGAUUCAGAGUCCGUUUCCUCAAGACAAUAUCUGAUAAAUCAUAAUCGUCACGUGACUAAAUAGCAACCUAUACUUGAUAAUUGAACAAGACAAGAAACUAAGAACACAAAAUUUCACCAGUGUAUCACCAUCAAAUGUAGUGUGAGGUAUGAGCAUUUGUCAAGAAAAUAUUUAUAUGGUUAGAAAUUUCAUUAAUAUAUAAGUAAUAAUUAAAAUACUGAUUCACAUUUAAAUAAAUAACAUUAUAAUUAUGAUGCAAGAUAUUUUUAGGAACUGGCUUUAAAGUUCACUAAUAAUAGAAUACAAAUGUUAUGAAAAGUAUUAAUCAAGUUUGCACUGUUAUUAUAAACAUAGUGGUUUAAAGGUUUACGAUGACUAGAAAACUUUAUCUUUUCCUGCAGCACUGCCAAUAGUUUAUUUAAAAUGAAUAAAAAUUUUAGCAAACGUAA